AUGGCAAUUGAGACCCUCUCAGCGCCACUGGAAAGGCUACCUUUUCAUCUUUUGGAGGGCAUAUGUUCCUGGCUGAAUCCGUCAAAAGAUGGCGGCCUGCUUGCCUUUUCGUUGGCAAACCGACAGUGCGCCUCUGCGGCCAUGAGGUUCCGUCUCCGGCAUAUCCAUCUCAAAAUCGACGAGCUGAAUCCAGACGAGAAUUUCGCUUUCAUAGAUAAGAUUCCGGAUAUAGAUAUCCGCCUUGGCUGUGUUCGCAGUCUCAAGAUUAGUGAUACCCUGGGAUUCAAAGAUGACGAAGAACAAGACGAUGCUAAAUGUGAAGAGAUUGACGCGGAAAGCUUUUUUGCGAAACCCAGUCCUCUUCGUCCCUCAAGAUUGAGGUCCACUGCCUACAGGCCACACAAACUACUACAACUGCCGGAGGACGUUCUACAGAUGAAGAUUAAGUAUCAACACACCUGGGUCGGAAUAGCGAGAUUCAUCAGCCGACUGAGUGAUUUAUCCAAUCUUGUAUAUGAUUGCAUAAGCCAGGUACCGAUGUGUUUGCUCUCAGCGCUGCGCGACAAUUGCCCAGAUGCCAGACUACAUGUUUAUACCUUCAGCCUUCGAAGUCUCUAUCAGCCAAGGAACGGAUAUCACGAUAUUUCGCCAGAGGAGUAUGCUCUUGCUACGUCGCCGAAUCUCUAUGGGAUUUACAUGAAAUACUCCUCUUAUGAUGGAGAUGGAUAUAUUGGGUACAAUGAAGAAGCCGUAAUACAGAUGGUAAGAGGCUUGGCUCCAAGGCUCUCAUAUGUUGGCAUGGCUGGUCAACCAAUAGGUAGCACCAUUGAGUUAGCCCAUGCCUACCAGCUACACAGGCAAUAUGGCAAACCAAAAUGGAAGGGCUUCUUCCUCAACGAUGACCAAGCAUGCGAUACGGUACAUGGAAAGGGGAGCUUACACACCUUGUACCUUGACGGAGCUUCAGAGCUACGCAUUCAUCAGUGGUCUGGCCAUACCGACUUUAACAAGCUAACGAAACUGCAUCUGGGAAACACCACUAUGGAUGCAGUACAAGCCCUGGCUAAUAUUGGAGAGAGUGGUGGAUUAUCUUCUCUCUCUUCUCUCGCUUUAAAGCCUCUAACAAGGAAUAUGGAGCAAACGAUGGCUGCCGAUGCGUCCGCAUGUCGGCUAUUGCGAGCUAUAAAGCCUCUGCAAAGCCUCGAAUUGGAAGGGAAAAUAGGAUACAGCGCCUGGCAGGCAGUGAUUGAUCAGCACGGCAAUUCUCUUCGAGAGCUUCUUUUUGUCCCAGCCUCGGAGUACUAUGAUGAUAUCGAGGCUCUCGUGCUCUCCUGUGAUAGGAUAAGACAACUUCCGGGCAUCUGUGUCAACCUAGAGAAGCUGGAGUUACGUGUUCCCCGAACCCGCGGCGAUGAAGACGAAGUUGACAUCUAUCGACAUCUUGGCCGGCUUCCACGAUUAAAGCGCAUCUCUCUAGUCCUUGACUGCUCCGUCAUCGAUCCUCCCGAAGUAAUGCAUGGAGAACCAUCUAUUGAAAUGGGCGGCUGGGUGCUACCAGUCAACGCUUUCCGCGCAGCACUUAUCAAUAACGCAAUGGAUUCGACCCUUGCUCAAUCCAUCUUUGAGACAAUAGCUACAGAGAGAGCAUACACCGGCGGCAUUUCUCUCGUUGAUCUAAAACUAAAGAUCUAUGGCGCUGGCAACUUCGGAAGGUUCUCAGCCGACAAUGAAACGAAGAUCCCUCUGGAAUGGGUCGGGCAGAGUUGGUUUGUGAGAAGGAAUUCUCGUGAUGGGGGUCAACUCGCUCAGAAAAUCAAACCUUUUGUCGAUGACCUUGACGUUUUGAAGGAUGAUUUCUUCGAGCGUGAUGACCUAAGAGCUGUCUGGAUGGAUAUAUGGCCAGGAAGUCCUGGUGAUCGAAGGAACCAGUGGCAUAGCUUCCCUCUAGCUAGAUCAACGGAAUGA